GAGUUGACUCUUACUGCCACUGUCCCUGUUACCCACCAUGUCUCGUCCGGCAUCUACAUCUACUCGGCCAGGAGCGUCUCCUCUCCCCCGUCCAUACCAGGUCAACACGCAAACGAAGGUGCUCGACUCCCAGCAUGGCCGCAUUCUCUGCAUCGCCGACAUAAGAGGACGCCUGUCCGCGCUGAACGACCUGGCUCGAGAGGCGAACGCGCACGCCGUCAUCCACACAGGGGACUUUGGCUUCUUUGAGGAGGAGAGCCUGCAGCGCAUCAACGACCGCACCCUGCGGCACCUCACCAUGUACUCCCCCCUCAUCCCCGCCGCGCAGCGCCAGCACCUGCUCGCGCCGGAGAACAGCGCGUCGACGAUCCGGCAGACGGUGAACAUCAACCUGCUCUCCGAGUUCCCCCUCCUGCUCUCCGGCCAGAUCAAGCUGCAGGUGCCGGUGUACACGGUGUGGGGCGCGUGCGAGGACGUCGCGGUGCUGGAGAAGGUGCGCGCGGGGCACGUCAGCGUCGAGAACCUGCACGUGCUCGACGAGGCGACGACGCGGCUGCUCGACGUCGGCGGCGUGAAGCUGCGGCUGCUCGGGCUCGGCGGCGCGCACGUCCCGCACAAGAUGUUCGACAACGGGGAGGGGAGCGCGACGAUCGCGGGCGGGCAGGGCACGAUGUGGACGACGGCGCUGCAGAUCGGCGAGCUGGUGGACACGGCGCAGCGCGUGUUCGACCAGAGCGAGACGCGGCUGCUCGUCACGCACGCGAGCCCGGGGCGCGAGGGCAUCAUGGCGCAGCUGGCGCUCGUGCUGAAGGCGGACCUGACGAUAUCCGCCGGGCUGCACUUCCGCUACGCGACGAGCUACAACGAGUUCAGCGUGCAGCCGGACUUUGAGGGCUUCCGGCACAAGCUGCAGGCGGGGAAGGAGUCGUUCGAGCGCGUGUGGGAGACGGUGAAGAACCAGGUCGAGCUCGUGAUCGACGAGCACCAGAGGGUCUUGCUUGAGAAGGCGCUCAGCGUGAUCGAGCGGAUACCGCCCCCGCAGCCGCCCGCGGGCGACGAGCCGUCGUGGAAGAACUGCUGGAACUGGAACCUGUGCGACGCGGCGUUUGGCGCCCUCACGCUCGACAUCCGCGAAGGGCGCGUUAGCGCGGAGCUGAAGAGCCAGGGCUUCAAUUACGCGUACCGCCGCACGGCGACGACCGCGGCAACCCCGGCCUCUCCCCACCCCCAGAACACCGUGACGACGAACGCGUCGAGCCAGGCGCCCACCAAGGGCCCGACGCCCGCACCGCCUGCGAACGACCGCCAAUUGCCCCCGCAUCUCAAGUCCACGGGCCCGACACCGAACCCCGCGAGCCCGGUGCCCGAUGCCAGCAAGAAGACGGACGGUGACAGCGCGAAACCUGAGGGUAGCACGAAGACGGAGGGCAGCACGAAGCCGACGACGCCUGCACCGAACGGCAAUGCGGUGGCGACGAGCCCGGUCCCGAGCGCGGCGGGCGGCGACGGCAAGCCGGAGAAGAGCAAGAACCAGAAGAAGAAGGAGAAGUUGGAGCAGAAGAAGGCGGCGCAGGCCGAGCGCGAGAAGGCGGAGGGCGGCGCGGGUGGGAAGGUGGAGGGCGCGUCCAAACCUGAAGGGACUGGCAAGGCGGAGGGCGCGUCUAAACCUGAAGGGACUGGCAAGCCCGACGCCCCGAGAUCCGACGCCGGCGAGGCGACGCUGUCCCCCGUCCCGGACGACGAGCAGCUCAAGUCGCCGAGCGAGUCGACGGGCGCGCGGACGCCCAAGUCGGGGCGGCCGCCGCGGAACCCGUGGACGAUCUUCUGGCGGUCGAUGGUCGGCGCGGGCGAGGAGGAGGUCAGGGAGUUUUUCGGGCCGGCGCGGGGUGGGAUCACGAAGGUCGUCUACCCGCCCACGGCGACCGGGCGCGCGCAAAAGAUCAUCUACAUCGAGUUUGGCGACGAGGAGGCGAUGAAGGCGGGGUUGGAGCGGAAUGGGGAGGUGAGUUUUGGGUUCUCUCGGUUUAAGAAUGUGCUCGGGACGUCGUUUGGUGUGCUCGGGACGUCGUUUGAUGUGCUUGGGACUUCGUAUGAUGUGCUCGGGACGGCGUUCAAUGUCGUGGGCGGCGCAUUUUCGUGGCAUAAUCUGUGGCAGAGAACAUCCAUAUCUGCGCAUCUUCAUGCCCGUCUUCAUCGUCGUUGAGUUCGAUACUGACCAUCCCACCCCCUCUUCUCCCUCACCCAAACCCACACUAACCCUCCCCGCGCAGAAACUCAAGGACGGCACGAUCCCCGAGCUCAAGCAGGCCUCCGACAACCGCGACUCGGGGCCCGGCGGGCGCGG